AUGGUUGAGGGUUUAGAACUAAACGACUCUCAGUGGGCUUCUGAAGAAAAUGUAGUCAAAGUAUUGAACCAUAUAAAUCCUGUCAGAAUUCGUUAUUUAAAUUUCAAGAAUUGUAACAAGCUAUCUGAUGGAAGUAUUAAAUUAAUAGUUGAAGUGUGCGUUAAUAUUGAAGCCAUAUCGCUGAUAAAUUGUACUAAUGUUAGUGAGAAAGGCAUCCAAGCAAUCGUAGAGAAUUGUAGUAAGCUACGCACGUUCGUCCUGGUUUACGAUGGUUCUAAGUGUCAAGCACAUUGGCCAUUUACAAAUAAUAUUUUUCAAAUUUUAAUGUAUGCAGGCCGGAGCAAAAUUGAAAAUUUAGCUAUUGUAGGUUUUGAAAACCUAGGAGAGAAUGGAUACUUGAGCCUGAUCGAUCAUUUUUCAUCAACUUUAAUUUCUUUUGACUUUGGUGGAUCGAAGCUUAAAAAUUCUUCCAUUCAAAAGAUUUCCGAAUAUAACUUCAUUAAUAACAUUCAAUCUCUUGCUCUUUCGAAUACAGAAAUUUCGAUUGAUGAAGUAAAUAGCUUUUCAAGCAGAUUCAGUACUCUCCGAUGCAUAGAUCUGUCCCGUUGCAUUAAUAUCAAUGAUGAGGCAGUCAUAACAUUAUCUAAAUCGUUUCCACUACUGGAGAUUAUUAACUUAAAUUUUUGUUCAAGUGUUGGCAGUGCUUCACUAGAGGCUUUGUGUCAAAAUUGUAUGAAGCUAAAGAAGAUAAAAUUAAGGCAGACUGGUGUACAAAGAGUACCGUUCACCCUCAAAAAUUUAACAGGCCUUAUAGAAUUAAAUUUACUGCAAUGUAAUUUGGAAUUUCCUCCUGCAAUCUUUGUGGAAAAUGGACUUAAAGAAAUUUUUGAAUUCUUUGAUGAGUGCGAUCUGGGAAAUCGGCGAAAGAUAAUGUUACUGGGGCCAAGCAAAUGUGGUAAAAGCAGUUUGUUAGCUUCUCUAAAAAGGAUGAAGCCGGUCAAAGUUGAUACUCGUUCAUAUGGAAUAAGUAUUGCCCGCUGGAAACCUGAAAUUGAUACAAAGAUUUUUAAUCUUGGCGGAAAGUCUCCUGAUUUUGAAGUUUGGGAUUGUUCGGGUGGCCAGGAGUUAUUAGGUUGCCACGAAGUUUUCAUGACUAAAGGAAAUCUAUUUCUACUGAUUUUCAAUGUUAGCAAAGAGGACGAUUGUAAAGAAGUCAAAGUAUUGUACGAGACGAUUCAAGCUAAGUGUGCUGAUGCUAAUGUAAUCUUAAUUGGCACACAUAUCGAUCAUUGCCAUGAUGAGGCUGUCAUGGAGAAUGAUUGUAAUGUUAUUUUGGAGCAAAUUAAGCAAAGUCAUGAAGAGUAUAUAGAUCGCAUUAGAGCUGAAAUAGAUACGCUAUCAAAACUAAAAACUGAUGCUGGAAUGACGGGAUAUCGACUGCGAGAGUUGAGGCAAUUACUUACUCAACGCAUUCAGAAUCCUAAUAAAAUCUUUAGGGUCAGCUGUAUAACAGGACAGGGCUUUGAUGAACUGACUGAUGAAAUAAUAAGAACGUUUUCUGAUUAUGAAUAUUUUCCACGAUUUUUAAUCAAUAUUCCGGAUCGAUUGUAUGAAGUUUAUGGCAUAGUUUUGGCGAUUAGGAAAGCCUCAACGAUAUUUGUGACAGAAUCUCAUUUCCGCGAUCUGUUGUUAAGAAAAGAGAUUCCAGAUAUAGAGGAAUCCCUACGCUUCCUUGAAGCUAUUGGGGCAAUACUUAAAGUCUCUCUACCAGGUUUGAUUGAUGAUGGCGAAAUUCAGCAAAUCUGUAUCAAUCCUCCUAUUUUCGCGCGAAUGGUCGUAUCCAUUCAUUGUGAUAACCUUAGCGCUCAAAGGCUGCUGUCACAAGAUCUGCCAGAUAAACUAUUUGCAGAUGAUGAGCAGAAGGUCGUUAACUCACUUAAGAGUAAAAUUGCCUCCGAAGUAAUGACAAUACCCCGAGAAGGAGUAAUUUUAGAAUCUUUAAUACCGUACUUAUUCAAUGAAUUUACUGAGGCCGGUGAAAUUCAAAUCUCUCGAUUUAUGCGAGUUAUGCUGGAUCAAGGAUUGCUAGCGGAAGGUGCUAGUGAUGGUCUAGGGCUUUCGAUUUCAAAUUAUCCUCGAUUAUCAAAGACUAAAAGAUAUUAUAUUCCAUUACUUCGAUUACUGCCAUCUACUCCACAGGAGGAAAUAUGGUCUCCGGAAGCCUUGCCUGAAAUUGAUUCUAAUACUGUCCAGAUUGGAUGGACACUGGAACUUUAUUCUCCUACUUCUCCAGACUUGAUUACAAGAACAAUCGCGCGUUGUCGAAACUGUGUGCUGAAUGUGAUAGUACUACAGCACUGGUUAUAUGGAAUUCAGUUAAGGCGCGAUGAUAUAGAAGUUCAGUAUUAUGCGAGGUGUCAGACUUGCUUAAGGAAUAAUGUUGAAUGUGGGUGCAAAUUUCUAAUAUCCGAAUUAUAUGAAGCCCAGAGCCUUGGCAAAGUAGUUUGUUGUAAAGUAACAGAAACUGAAAUCAACGCUGAUCUACUAUUUCCUCCUCAAGGGACUAUGAAAGAUGGGAUGAAUAAAUUGGGUCAAUGGUUAAGAAGCAUGGCAGAUGCUAAAAGAAGAUAUAAUCGAGAACAUAAACCUUCCUUUACCAUCUUGCCAAACUCAGACGACGACGAUAGUGAAGAUAAAAAUGAAAUUAGCAAUGAACAAGAAGAAGACCCAGUCAGUGUUAGCGAAAUAGACAUGAAAAAAAUUAAGUUCACUGCAGCCGAAGCGGUCACGAGAAUUUUAGCAAGGGCAACAAUUUCUUAUCUUGCUGAUCCUGAGGAUACUGGAUCCCCGAGCGCAAAAGUUAUGUCCAUUGCACAAGGCUUUUUAAAUGAUGCUUGUAUGGGAUCGGCUGCAGACGCUAUAGCAUGCCUAUCUAGUAGUAAUCCUUGGUCUGCAAAGUGGGCUAUGGAAGACGCAUCUAGGAAUUUAGUUCAAGUUGUUUCACCUUACGUAAACUGGAAAAGUAUAGCGCGAAUGAAGAAUAAACCAAUUGAUAACAAAACUGCUCUAGAUAGCAAAGGUCAAGUUACCUGUAGUGCAUUAUGUAAUAUACAAUGA